AUGAGGCACAGCAUGAACCAGAGCAGUGAGUUCCUUCUCCUAGGGCUCCCCAUCCGGCCAGAGCAGCAGGGCAUGUUCUUCACCCUGUUCCUGGGCAUGUACCUGACCACAGUGCUGGGGAACCUGCUCAUCAUCCUGCUCAUCAGGCUGGACUCUCGCCUUCACACCCCCAUGUACUUCUUCCUCAGCCACUUGGCCUUCUCUGACAUUUCCCUUUCAUCUGUCACAGUUCCAAAGAUGCUCAUGAACAUGCAGACUCAGCAACAAUCCAUCCCCUAUAUGGGGUGCAUUUCACAGGUGUAUUUCUUUAUAUUUUUUGGUUGCCUUGACAACUUUCUUCUCACAGUGAUGGCAUAUGACAGGUAUGUGGCCAUCUGUCACCCUCUCCACUACACCACCAUCAUGAGGGAGGAGCUAUGUAUCAUCCUAGUGGCUGGAUCCUGGUUCUUCUCUUGCAUCCAAGCUCUUUUGCACACCCUCCUCGUGGACCAGUUCCUGAGCCCUGUAAACCAUACCAACAUCUAUGAAUUUCUUCUUGUGGGCCUCUCUGAGUGGCCACAGCAGCAGCCUCUCCUAUUUGGACUCUUCCUGGGCAUGUACCUGGUCACCAUGGUGGGGAAUCUGCUCAUCAUCCUGGCCAUUGCCUCAGACCUGCAUCUCCACACCCCCAUGUACCUCUUUCUAGCCAACCUGUCCUUUUCUGACAUUGGUUUCAUCUCUACAGUAAUUCCCAAGAUGCUAGAUAAUAUUGGCUCAGGAAGUAAAAGGAUUUCUUAUGGUGGGUGUCUGACACAGCUUUAUUUCUUUGGCCUAUUUGCAGAUCUGGACAACUUUCUCCUGGCUGUGAUGGCACUUGACCGCUAUGUGGCCAUCAGCCACCCCCUCCAUUAUGCCAUGAUCAUGAACUACCAACGCUGUGUCCUAUUAGUGACUGGGUCAUGGGUGGUCACUACCUUCCACGCCCUAGUGCAUACCUUCCUGGUAACUAGGCUUUCUUUCUGUGGCCCCAAUAUCAUCCCCCAUUUCUUCUGUGAUCUUGUCCCACUCCUGAAUCUGGCCUGCUCCAGUACUUAUGUCAAUGACCUGGUGCUCAUCCUUGUGGCAGGAACAUUGCUAAUUGGACCCUUCAUCUGCAUCCUUACUUCUUACUUUUAUAUUGCAUUGGCUAUCCUAAGAAUCAAUUCCCCAAAGGGUAAGCAAAGGGCCUUCUCCAACUGCACCUCCCACCUCUCUGUGGUCUCUCUGUUUUAUAGCACAGCUAUUGGGGUCUAUUUAUGUCCUCCAUCAUCCCCCUCAGGUGGAAAGAAUAGAGUCUUCUCAAUAAUGUACACAGUGGUGACCCCCAUGCUGAACCCCUUCAUCUACAGCCUAAGGAACAGGGAUAUGAAGGGGGCACUAGGAAAACUACUCAGAAGAAAAACACUCUAA